AUGUCGGGCCAUCCUAACAACGAUGCCUACACCGGCUUUGCUGGUGAAGGCGACCGUAACAUCGGCAAUCCUAACGAUCUCAAUCAACCCCUCCACUUUGCCAGCGAGCCACCCAUCCGUUUUGUGAAUGGUAUGCCACAGCCACCAGUGGGCGAAGACUUCGAUCGUGAGCUGGUCAUUGUCGAUCAAAUCAGAGCCAACGACUUCUUCAACCAGGCGUCCAACAACGUGAUGCAAGCAGAUGAUGUUUUCCGGAACGACCCUCUGCGUACACUUUUCGAUUUCGAUGUUCUGUAUCCAGGAGUGCAACCCCCAAAACGUCCCGCCGAGCCUAUCCCCGAGCAGCGAGUCGUCCGACAACGUCUCGAAGCUCCACAGCCUCAGCCUGAAUUUCACCCCCGACCUGUAUUCCGUGUGGAGGCUCAAUUGCCCCGGCAAAAUGCGCAAGUAUUGGCCAAUGUUCCAGUACCAGCCAAUGGACCCCGCGGCCUGAGCGUGGCGGAAUGCUUCAAGACGCCUCUCGUAACGCUGUUGGUUGGUCAUGACGGAACUCGCAUUCAGGCACACAAAGGAUUUUUAGACAAAUGCGCAUACUUCCGAAAGAAGUUCGCCGAAACCACAUCCGCAAACAACUCCCACACCGAGCUCAAGCUAGAGGACGAAACCCCCGAGGGCAUCUACACUGUACUUUCCUGGCUGUACGUUGGAACCUACGAGGCUAAAGCAGCCGAUCGUCGAGACACAAUUGCCUAUAGGAAUUACCUGUCUGGAGUGAUCUCUGACUAUGGUCUUGCCAGCAUGUACGACCUCCCCGACAUUCGUACGCAGAUCCUCGCGAAAAAUAAGGACAUCCAAGACGUUUCCUGGGCUCAUCUUACCAUGGCCAACGAUCGACGUCUGCGAGGCACCCGCUUGUGGAGAUGUAUGAUGCUGUCGAUCAGAGGAGAGACUGUCAGUGGAGCACGCAACAUUGAGCACUUGCUGGGCGAUGCUCUUGCAGACACCGCUGCAGGUUCUGACGAGCAUGAGGUUAAGAGUGAGGGUGGAGGUCCAGAAUUGGACAUGUUCACAUUCUGA